GGGAGCCGCCGGCACCUCUAUGAUCGUCACAGCCUCGCGGGUCCCCAGGGCCGCGCUGGGACCCGCAGAGGCUGCAACCAGACACCAGGAAUUCACUGACGCCCCUUCCUGGGAGCCAGCCUGGGUACCUGACCCUGGGAGCAGCCACUGACCCCUCAAGAUCUCCGGCCUCCAUCCUGCGGAGCCAUCCCGGGCCUGGGCCAGGGUCCGGGGAGGCUAACACUGCCCUUCUCGCCAGGACCUGAGAAAUGGCAUCUGGACAAGGCCCAGGUCCUCCCAGGCAGGGGUGCGGAGAGCCUGGCUCCUCCUCCGCUUCAGAGGAGCAGGUCGCCCGGGACACGGAGGAGGUCUUCCGCAGCUACGUCUACCACCGCCACCAGCAGGAGCAGGAGGCCGAGGGGGCGGCCGCACCCGCUGACCCGGAGAUGGUCACCUUGGCCCUGGAGCCUAGCAGCACCAUGGGGCAGGUGGGCCGCCAGCUGGCCAUCAUCGGGGAUGACAUCAACCGGCGCUACGACUCGGAGUUCCAGGCCAUGUUGCAGCACCUGCAGCCAACAGCAGAGAAUGCCUAUGAGUAUUUCACCAAGAUUGCCUCGAGCCUGUUUGAGAGCGGCAUCAACUGGGGCCGCGUGGUGGCUCUGCUGGGCUUUGGCUACCGCCUGGCCCUCCACGUCUACCAGCGCGGCCUAACCGGCUUCCUGGGCCAAGUGACCCGCUUCGUGGCCGACUUCAUGUUGCAUCGCUGCAUUGCCCGGUGGAUCGCGCAGAGGGGCGGCUGGGUGGCAGCCCUGGACUUGGGAAACGGCCCCAUUCUGAACGUGCUGAUAGUGCUGGGUGUGGUUUUGUUGGGCCAGUUUGUGGUACGAAGAUUCUUCAAGUCAUGACUCCUGGAGGGGCCCUUUGGGGUCCUGAGACCCCUGCGUGGACUUUGGCCCAGCCUGCUCCCCUCCCCUCCUCCCCUGCAGGGGUCCCCCCCUUAAGAACACAGACGCUUUAGCCAGUGGGCACUCCAGCUUUGGAGGGCCCCUGCUCAGGGGUCUGUCAGACGGCAGAGGUGCCCCCACAUUGCAUGGUGCUAAGGGCCCCCUCUCAGAGAGGGGCUGCGGCCCCCUCCCGUAGCUCUCUGGGACCCCCCUCAGCCCUGUCCGCUGGGGGUUGGGCAGAGGGAUAACUUGGGGAAGAGGCUGGGAGCCACUUCUCCCCAAGGCGUUAUUAAGGGUUUUAGCUUUUUAUAAUAUCCUUGGGAGGGCACCGCCCCCUUCCCACCCCCAUUCCCACCCCUCUGUCCAAAGCCAGGAUGUCUGGGGUGUGGCGGUGAACAGCCCUACCAUUCCCCAGGAUUCAGCUGUUCUGGAAGGUCAGAGCUUAAAAGCCGGGCCUGGAGCCCAGUCCUGGCCCCUCCUGAGCAUCAUGUCCCCCCAGGAACGGGACCGGGGGGGGGGUGGGGACGACGUACUGCUCAGGGCUCUCCCCCCACUGCCCCUGCCCCAUGUUGCCGCUGCAGUUGGACUCUCAGGGAUUCUGGGGGGUGCGGCCCAUCAGCGCCCGCCGAGCUGGCCUCCUGAGGCCCUAGCUCUUCCCCUUCCCCUUCCCUCCGACCACCUGCUGUCCACGCCUCACCUCAGCUCACGACAAGUGACGCUCACCCCACCCCUGUCCCUCAGGAGAAGGAAGGCCGGGGUCUUGGGUGAGGGGCGUGCCGAGGCCUCCUCUUCGCCCGGACUACAGGGUUCAGGCCUGCGGUUUGUUAUUGUCAGGGAAAGGGCGUAGGGAGCUCAUCUGGACGUUUCUGAGUGAGAGAAGGGAUAUUCACACCGCUAGGAAACCCAGGGUUGGGAGCGUCCCUCAUGGCCUGGGCACAGUGUAAUCUGGGGGUACAGACAGAGGAAAUGUGAAUACUUGAACUCCACCCCAAUCUCUACACUUCGCACGCCACACCUGCCCCAGCCCCUCCUGACGGGCGGGCAGAAGUGCACAGCCUAGGGGUCUGGAGGUCAGGGGAGGGGAGUUCUUGAUUAAGCCAAAUGCAGGGAGGGGAUGCAGAUGCAGCCAGCUGGCCACCUCCCACCCUCGAGUGUAUCUGAAAAUAAACUGCAAUCC